GACGUCAUAAAGUCGCGCCCCUUCAAGCCCUAACGCGCUCCCUGCAUCUGUUGUGAUUCGGCGGAAGAAAGGACAACGCAUCCAAACACAGGGAAAACCUCCCGCUGAAGCGACUGAGAUUCAUGUGACUCACAAUUAUAAAGAUGCCAUUUAUUAAAGAGGAGCGUGAAGACAAGAAUAUUGAAGAAACAUUCAGAGCCAAACAUGAAGAUACUGAGAAACAAACAGAGAUGGAUUUUAUUAAAGAGGAGAGUGAAGACAUAAAGAUUGAAGAAACAUUCAGUCUGAAGUAUAAAGAAAUUGAGGAACAAACAGAACUGAUGGCACUGAAAGAGGAGAGUCAAGAACUGAAUGAAAGGAAAGUGAAAUAUCAGAAUGAAGAACAUCAUGAUUUCAAAACUGAAGAAGAAUCGAUUAGUUGCUCACAGACUGAAAAGACCUCCCCGCCAAAAACAGCUGAAAAAACACAAAACAUUGAUUCCCAAAUGAGAACUCCUACUGGAGAGACCUCUUUCACCUGCCAACAGUGUGGAGAAAUGUACAAUCAAAAAGAAAGUCUUGAAGUUCACAUGAAAAUUCACACUGAAAAUAAACAGUUAAUAUGCCCUAAGUGUGGAAAAUGUUUUGCGCGGAAAAAAAACCUUAGGACACACAUGAGAAUUCACACCGAAGUGAGACCUUACACCUGUGAUCAGUGUGGAAAGAGUUUUAUACUUAAAAGUCACCUUAAAGCCCACAUGAGUAUUCACACUGGAGAGAGACCUUACACCUGCCCUCAGUGUGGGAAGAGUUUCUCACGAAAUGGAGGACUUACGAUUCACAUGAGAGUUCACACUGAGAAAAAAACAUUAAUAUGUUCCCAGUGUGGAAAAUGUUUUGCACAGAAAAGAACCCUUGAUGCCCACAUGAGAGUUCACACUGGAGAGAAACCUUUCACCUGCCCUCAAUGUGAAAAGAGUUUCAGGCUCAAAGAAAGCCUAAAGACUCACAUAAGAAGUCACACUGGAGAGAAGCCUUUCAUAUGUAGUCAGUGUGGAAAGAGUUUCAGAUAUAAAGAAAACCUUAAUUAUCACAUCAGUAUUCACUCAAGGGAAAAGAGUUUUAAAUGUCAUCAGUGUGAAAGGAGUUUCAUAGACACGAAUCACCUUCAGGAUCAUGUCAAAAUUCACAUUGGAGAAAAGCCUUUCAUGUGCCAUCACUGUGGAAGGAAUUUCACAAAAGAAGGAAAACUCAAGAUUCACAUGAGAGUUCACACUGGAGAGAAGCCUUUCACGUGCGAACAGUGUGGAAAGUGUUUCAAAAUUAAAGAAUACCUUAAGAUACACAAGGUGGUUCACACUGGAGAGAAACCUUACAAGUGUCCUCAGUGUGAGAAGAGAUUCACAUGUCCAAGCAGCAUGAAACGUCAUUUGAAAACCCACUCUGGGAAGAAACAGACGUUUUCCUCAGUGUGAUAAGAUGUUUAAAAAAAGUAGUCAUUUCUACCAUCAUCUGCUCAUUCGUUUUGGAAGUCAUUCAAUUUCAUUCUGUGUACUAACUUUUUUUAUUUAGUAAAGGAGAUAGAUAACCGUGUAUAGGUAAAAAUAAAUGGCUGUUAAGUAACUGAGCUGUUUACGUGUGAUGAUGUCUCAUUUCCACUGUGUGGUAUUGUACAGUUCAGUAGAGUAUGAUUCGGGACAGGUAACCCUGAUCGUACUUGCAUUUCCUCUGCCAGUAGUACCAACGCUCUACAUUGUGAGUAAAUCACUUGCAUAUGCGACUAAGUCUUCACUCUGGGCGACUAAAUGAUGUCUAAUAUUAGCCAAUGUCUAAUAAAUAUACACAUUUUACUCGCCAGUGUGUGAAUUGGAGGCUAUGAAUAUGUUAAGCACAGAUAUAUAUAGUGCUUCAGUUUCACUCUCCGUCAGGCGAUCUGUCCUUUUGUGUUUUUUUUUGUGCGCAUCUCAAUGGAUGUGCAACGCACCUGUAUUUGACGUGUUGUAAAUUCUGGUAGUGGGCAGUGCUAAUGCGCAAGCUGCAAUCUCAUUGGCUGGCGCUCCCCUAUUAUCAUCCCUGUUAUGAUUUUAGCAAAUCAGUUCGAGUGAAUGCACAAAACCUGUUUAAUAUUCAUAAAUCCAGCAGCUCAUUAAUUUUUAGUAAACAUUAAUGCGUUUCAUGGUUCUCAUUAGUGGAAUUCAUAUCAUUAUUAUCCUAUCAGUUUUUUAGCUAGGUUUUUUUUUGUUCCCAAAAAUUAUUAUUGUUAUUUUUACAGAGACACUGAAUGACCAAAAGAAACGCCACCAACUGUCCAGUUAAAAUGCUCAGUUAAAAAGACUAAUAUGCAUUCAAACAUGGUUAUCAAGUUUAAUUUUAAUUACUAAAGUUAUAUUAUUAAAUCAUACUUUAUUAUUAGAAUGCUUGAUGCACUAAAAAGAUGCUUUUAUCCAAAGCGACUUCAUGACUGCAUUCAGGGUAUACAUUUUUCUACCAGUAUGUGUGUUCCCUGGAAAUUGAACCCACAACCUUUUGUGCUGCAAAUGCAAUGCUCUACCACUGAGUAUUGGAGCAGUAACCUGUGCAGCGAGCAUAAGAAAGGUAUAAUAUGUAACCAUUUGCAACUGCCUGUGAGCAAACCAACUGAAGUUGAUAUGUAAAUGAGACUGUCAAGCCACACUGCCAUCCAAAGGCAAAGCGCUGUAACUACACAUCUGGUCAAAAAGUCCUAAAAAGAGCAUUGUGACAUAUUUUCUUUCUUGUGACAAAGUAUCCUGGUUCAAUUUUGUCAUAUUUCAGAGAAAUGAGUGUGUCAAAAUUGCACUAAUGUGACGAUCAGGAACCCAGGGAAAAAGGAGAGGCUCUGGUAGUUCAGCAGAGACGUUGAGAGGC